CCCUCAGUCCUACGGGAACGCGGCUCCGUCUCUCGUCUCACUUCGUCCCUCCUUCCCUUUUUCAUUCAUCCCUCUAAAGCCGGACUAGAUCGAAGUAGACCGCAUCGCGCGGUCUUCCCGUUGGACUUGGAGAUGUCAGGAGGCGUUUGGAAGGUGAGACGUGUCUCUCUGAUUUAGAGACAUGUCUCUGUUCGGGACAGACAGCUGCUCCUACUUGUUUUAGCUACCAGAGACACCGAGCUUCGCAGAGAUGUGGCGCACAUCGUUGCUGCUGCUGCUCUUGUGCUGGUCCGUGAGAGGACUGGAGGCGCGCGGGGACACGAGCGCGGACCCCUCGCGCGUAACGACGGCGGCGGCGGCGGCGGCGGUCACGCCACCCGACAAGGAGGCUCCCCACGAUGUGCGGCAGCACUCCCCGGGGACAGACGCUCCCGUUGCGGGGGCCGAGCCCACCACCAAGCCCCUGGAAGAAGAGCUGGAUAACCAGGAGAACAUCAUCAGCCAGCUGCUGGGCGACUACGACAAAGUGAAGACCGUGUCGUCGGGGUCGGACUGCGUGUGCCGCUGCAUCGUGCGGCCCAUCCCGCGCUCCGACUGCGGCGCCCUGCCGUCGCCCUCCCGCGAUUCUUUCACCGUGGAGACGGUCACCAAGGGAACGGACUGCAAGAAGUGCGUGUGCAUGGCUCCGCCGUCCGCCGUCAACCCAUGUGAGGGAGAGUACCGGUUUAAGAAGCUGCAGGAGGCCGGCAAAGAGGACAUCAAGCUGGCCACAAUCAUUGAAUUGUUGGAGGGCUCUCUUUACGGAAUGGACUUGUUGAAGCUCCACUCUGUCACCACCAAGCUGCUGAGCAGGGUGGACCACAUGGAGAAGGCUUUUGCCCGUAAUUUUACUGAGAGAACGAGGGAGAAGGAGCGUGUGAAGGAAAGAGCAAAAGAAAAGGAGAAAGAGAGGAAGGCCCAGCAGAAAAAAAAGAAAGUGAAUGAUUUGGAACGUGCAGGAGAGAAAGGUGGAGCGGCUCCCUACGGCAACAAGCAGAAGAAUAACGAUUAUCAGAAGAACAGAGCGCAGGAUGAACUGGAACAACAGCCGACCCGGAAUACAACAGGAACUCAAAAGCCAGUCAAAGAAAAGACAGAGCCCAAGAAGCCUAUCACAGACAAGAGCGGCAAGGUCAUCAGGGGCGUGACCUUCUACAAGGCGAAGGGAGAGAGCUACGACGAGGACGACCAGAAAGGGAAAGGAAGGAAUUCAACUCUUACUGCAAAUGCUUCAGUGGACUUAGAAACGCCUGAGCCACCCCCACCUACCAAGACUUUCCCCACCCAGAGUCCAGGACCUUUCACCAUUGUUCCACAGCCAGACCUUGAGGACCGAUCAAGGAGACCGAGCAGGUCUGCACCCAAUCAGCAACCAACUGUUGCCCCGACGUCAACUACGAUUCCGACUACACCUCGCCUCCAUCGCCACACCACCUCGCUCUCGGACACCAACACAGCUCGUCCCAUCGAUAAGUCCCCUACAGAAAACUCUCAGUCAGGGUCCAAGAGUCGACUGAGCUGGACGGAGAGCCCUGCUGACCAACCAAAGACCACAAACAAGCCUGCAGUGUGUAAGGACACAGUAGCCAGCAUCUCUGAACCAGCUCAGCAGAACUCUUAUGGCUUGAGCGACGGAGCCUGGAUGAGAGAUGGGCGCGGCCACGGCAAUGUCAUCUACCUUACUAAUGGUCACUAUGGCAACAACCUCCUGGAGUUCCGAGACAUGGAGACCUUCAAAGCAGGUCAGACAAGCAAUUCAUACAAGCUGCCCUAUAGUUUCACUGGAACCGGCCACGUUGUGUUUAGUGGAGCUUUCUACUACAACCGGGCCUUCAGCAGGGACAUCAUCAGAUAUGACCUGAGGCGCAGAUAUGUAGCUGCCUGGACCACGCUGCACGAUGCUAUCCUGGAGGAGCAAGCUCACAGGACACAAACUGAAUUGGAGCUUGCUGUCGAUGAGUCUGGGCUGUGGCUGCUGUACCCUGCUGUGGACACGGAGGGCUUCCACCAGGAAGUAACGCUGCUCCUCCACCUCCGCCACCGAGACCUGCAGCCGAUACAGAGCUUCCGCACGGGCCUUCGGCGGGGUCGCUACGGCAACAGCUUCCUGAUUUGCGGCGUGCUCUAUGCAGUGAACAGCAUGGAGCACAACUACGCCAAUGUGACAUACGCCUUCGACACGCACACGCUCACACACACCGUGCCGGGCCUGGCGUUCACAAACAUGCACGCACACACCUCCCAGCUGGCCUAUUGCCCGCUCGACAAGAAACUGUACGCAUGGGACAGUGGACAUCAGAUGAUUUACGAUGUGGUAUUUGCAUAUUAGUACAACAAAUGGACACGAAGAUUCAACAGCAAACAAAGCUGAGGACGUAUUAAAAAUGACUGUGGACCAGUCUAACUGAAUUUAUUUUCAUAUUGACAUGUUUCAUGCACACCAAAGUGAGAAUCAAGCAAGGUUUAAAUUCUUUGUAUAGCGGACCGUCUGCAUGUUCAGACCCCCAUGGAGGAGUAAAUCACUCCCAUAUGCAACACAAAUGUCUCUGAAAACAUUCAAUAAUGCCAUUUUUCAAGAGCAUGUGCUUUGAGCAUUAGAGCUAGUAGACAAAAAUACACUUUUUCCCCCAUCAGGUUUCUUCAUAAAUAGUGCUGUGGAGGAGCGGCAUGUUCCUGUGUGGGUACACACUUCAACUUCACUGUAGCUCUCUGCACAUAAGGUGGAUUUGAUCCAGAUGUUUUCCCUCUUACUGGAGGUAUCUGAAGUAUAUCUAUAUAUCUAAUCUGGGCUAUUGUCUCGGCUUUAAGCCUAAAAUGUAUGGCCAUGUGUUGACGUCUUUUUUCCUUUGAGUUGAAAAUAAAUAAUCAUUAGUUUAGCAUUGAGCUCUUCAUAACUGGAAUGGAGGCGCGUGGUUAGAAUGGUUUAGGCAGGGAGCAAGCCGGACCUAGAGGUGCUGCUGGUUAAACUGAGUGAUGUGUAGCAUCCGGGGCAAAGGUCUGGCCUUGUUUUAAAGGUUUGUGUCUUGUAUGACCUCAUUUGAUGGAAGUGCAACAGGUAACUGCUGUGUUUCCUGUUCGGCCCGAGGUUCCCCUUAAGGACUCCAGACCUGGAACCCAACCAGAACCGAGCCAGCACCAAGUUCCAACAAAAGAUUUCUGUUGUCAUCACAAACAAAUGGACAAACGUUGCGGUUUCUGCUCAGUGUGUUGCAUAUUCACCCUCGUUUCUGUCCAGUAACGUUUUUAUGAUACUGUUUUAGCACGCCUGGGAACAGCAAUUUGCCUCUAAAACUGAAGUCCAUUCAUUUAAAACCAUUUGUGAACAUUGCUUUACAUUGAAUUUUAAACGUGAUUAUUCGCAUGAAUUGGCUUUUGUUGAAGAAAAUCCAAAGACAUGGUUGAUUUCAACGGCGUUAUUCCCAGUUUAUGCCUUUUUGUUUGUUAAUUUAUGAUAAACUAUUUUCAAACGA